CAUUCGCUAGACUGAGGAAUUCGCUCUUCUGACAAGACAAUAUUCAUAUUCACUUACAACAUUAGUUUGAAAUAGAGACAUGGAACGCAUAUUUUUUGAAAACGAGACGUGAUACGCACUAACUUCCUGUGCUAAUGAGAGGUUUGGAACGCAUUGAAAAUGUAGUGGUUUAGGCAUAGGAACGGGAUUUAGCGGACAGCGUGUCCUCUGCAGCUUCGUAUUCAAGAGAUUUGCUCUAAGCAUGUUUCAGUUAAAGUGUAAAGAACAUUAUGAUUCUACUGGCGGUGAACAAUGUGAAUAUUUGGCCGUAACAUAGGAAUCUAUUACAAUUCUUUAUUGGAAAAACUUAAAUGAUUUCUAAAAAAAUCCCUAUAUACUUUAAUGAAUGGUUUCUUGGUUCCUUGUGUGCUUUAUUCUCAUAUGCGCAGUGCUUGAAUUAAACAUCACUUCCUGGAGACAAACUAGCUGCAGCAAUGCCAUUUACAGACUUUGUUGCAGCUCUCAAAGACAAUCCCUACUUUGGUGCCGGAUUCGGUCUGGUUGGUAUUGGCACAGCAUUGGCUUUGGCCCGUAAAGGAGCACAAUUUGGUAUGAUUGCAUUUAGGAGGCACUGCAUGAUUACUCUGGAGGUUCCAAGUAAAGAUAAAAGCUACCAGUGGCUACUCAGCUGGAUUUCCCACCAUGCUAAACAUACUCAGCACUUGAGCGUAGAGACAUCAUAUCUGCAGCAUGAGAGUGGACGAAUCAGUACUAAGUUUGACUUUGUUCCAAGUCCAGGAAACCAUUUCAUUUGGUACAAAAGGAAAUGGAUCCGCAUUGAAAGAAAUAGAGAGAAGCAGAUGAUUGAUCUACACACAGGAACCCCUUGGGAAUCUGUCACCUUCACAGCAGUGGGGACCAAACGUGACAUUUUCUUUAGCAUUUUACAGGAAGCUAGAGAGCUAGCUUUACGCCAGCAGGAAGGGAAAACUGUCAUGUACACGGCAAUGGGUGCAGAAUGGAGGCUAUUUGGAUUCCCACGACGGAGACGGCCGUUGAGUUCUGUUGUUUUGGAAGAGGGGGUCUCUGAGAAAAUUGUGCAAGAUGUAAAAGAUUUCAUUGACAACCCCAAGUGGUACAGUGAAAGAGGAAUCCCAUACAGAAGAGGUUACCUUUUAUAUGGACCCCCUGGCUGUGGAAAGAGUAGUUUUAUCACAGCUCUUGCAGGAGAACUGGAAUACAGCAUAUGCCUUAUGAGUCUCAGUGAUAGCAGCCUCUCUGAUGAUCGACUCAACCACCUCCUGAGUGUGGCUCCGCAGCAGAGCAUAAUCCUCCUGGAAGAUGUAGAUGCUGCAUUCGUCAGCCGUGAUCUAGCUAAGCAGAACCCCACUGCAUAUCAAGGCAUGGGGCGUUUGACGUUCAGUGGCCUUUUAAAUGCAUUGGAUGGUGUUGCUUCCACUGAGGCUCGAAUAGUGUUCAUGACAACCAAUCACAUUGACAGGUUAGACCCAGCUUUAGUUCGUCCAGGCCGUGUGGAUUUGAAGCAGUAUGUGGGACACUGUAGUCGGUGGCAGUUAGCGCAGAUGUUCUUGCGCUUCUAUCCUGAACAACCACUGGCAGCAGCAGAGGAAUUUGCAGAUGCAGCCCGAGCUUUCUCUGAUAAACUCAGUGCUGCACAGGUGCAGGGACACUUCAUGAUGCAUAAAACAGACCCUGAGGGGGCCAUUCAUAAUAUCAGCUCUGUGAGUGUCUAACUCCCAAAAGAAACAAAACUGUACGUCUGUGCUGCCACCUCUACCUACAGCACAAGGGUCCUUUCACAAUCGGGAGGCCGUCCAAAAUAAAGGGACAUGAUGAUGAGCUUUGUCAAAUAAUCUUAUUCAGAUAAAGUUGUACUUUGGACAAAAACGUUAUUGCCUCAUACUGAGGUUAUUUUUAAAAGGUAAAAAAAGUUCAUGCUGCGUAAAUGAAAGGCACGGUGUUAAGGUCACUACAAUCUGUUUUUCUACCCAAAGUUUUAGUCAGCUGCAAAUUGUUAAAUUGAAAUGAUUAAAAAAUAUUAGUACAGCUCGGAAUAAAGGAACAAACUUAAAUAUGGUGCUGUGUUUCCAGUAUAAUAUUUACACUGCUUUGUACUCCUUGAUGUCCUGCAGAAUCCAAACUUUCUUUUAAUACAAUUAAUGUGUUUUUAGAAGUACUUCUGCUUUUUAUUUGCAGUUUAUUACAUACUAAAUUUUUAGUAUCAAAAGAAAUUCUGUGAUGCUAAUUUUUCAUUUUAAACCAGAAAGCUUUGUUCCUUUGAAUAAAAAUGAUUUAAUGGAUAGCAGGUGUUAUAGAACUGUAUUAUUUGCUAGAAUUGUAGCAGCAGGUGUUGUAAUGUCUACAAAGGAUUAGGAAAUAAUAGACAUCAAGGUGUUACUGUCACAUGUACUGCAUGUUUUGCAAUAAAUUAAAGGGACAUAAAACCCUCCCCCCCCCAUGAUUCAGAUAGAGAAUACCAUUUUAAACAACUUUCCUUUAAAAGAAUCAAACGGUACACAAAAACACAGAGCUGCGCUCAUGCCUAGCACUAACAAUAACAGCUGAGCUGGGGUGAUGCUGCUAAGCAAAUCUAUAAGAAUAAAUUAAUUGAUAAAUCUAAGAAUAAUGAAAAUUUAAAAAAGUAUCUAUAAAUAAAGUCGUAAUCACAAUUAGUGUAAUCCCUAUGUGAUGUGUAACGCUCCCCUAUAGAUGUCUCACAUAAGAUUCCAGGAAUAAUCAUCACUUGUUGGUUCAGUUUGGAAUGUCACAAUCCUUAAUGGAUAUUCCGUGAAAGAAUCCAGGUUCAGCUCUCUGAUUCACUCAGUAAUGUAAGAAGCACUUGUCCAAAGAGAAGAAAUUAAAAGAUAAAAACACAAAGCGCACCUCGAUUCAAAGUAUAUUAGAUCCAAUGUAUUAGAGCACAAAAACAAAUGCACUUACCAGACGAUCCGUUUGUCUUGACAGUCGGCAUAAGGACACACGGGAUUUGUGAGUUAAGCUGUACCCCAAUAUCAUGCAGUGUGGUACUUACGCAACAAUGGAUUGCUUUGAACGCUCAGACUGUGGACAGAGGGGCGGUGUUGUGAGAGCCACUUGUCUAUUGAAGUCGAGUGAGACCGUAUAGGAACAGUGGUUCCUGUGUUUGAGCCUUUUUAUUACUAUUAUCUAGUAAGUGCAUUUGUUUUUGUGCUCUAAUAAAUUGUAUCUACUUUACAUUGAGCUGCGCUGUGUUUUUAUCUUAACUUUUCUUUGUACUUAUCUACUUUGCUUAAUUCUGCUGGUAUCCUUUGUUGAAGAAGCAGCAGUGCACUACUGGGAGCCUAUAACAUGAGGCAUACAUGUGCAACCACCAAUCUGCAGCCCCUGAGCCUACGUAUCCUUUUUUUUAACAAAGGAUACCAAGAGUACAAAAUAAAUUAGAUAAUAGAAAUAAAUUACAUAUUUUAAAUCAUAUGCUGAAUCAUGAAAGAAAAAAAUGGGUUUUAUGUCCCUUUUAAGAUCUCAUCCUUGAGUUAAAAUAAAAACGCAGAAGGUAUAAAGUAAAUUUCAGUGCAAACCAGACUUGUGAAAACGUAAGGAACUUAUAAAAAUUAUUCUGUAUCUUAUUAAAAUUUAUUGUUUUUCCCAAAGGGGCCUUAAUAUAUUGUAGACUACCAAAUGAAAGCAAUUUACAAUGAAGACAAAACAAUAUAAACUUGGUACAACAGGAUUCUGUAAAGAAACAAAGGUUGAAUUUAAAAUGCACAGCUGGGUGUUUCAGAUAUACAUAGUGCUACAGAUAUGGCUCUAGGGUGUGUGCAUAUAUUUUUGCCUCCUGCACAAGCAUCUAGUGCUUCAUGUGACGUCACUCGUGUGAUGACACAAAGGUAGAUGCAUGAGCCCUACAGUUAACAUAUUUUACUCUAGCACUAAUAACUUUUAAUUUAAGCAAUUUUUGUUCAGAAAAGCAAGUAUAUUCCAACAAUGUUUCUACUAGUAUUAUGCACUGUAUGCAUAAAUAGAAUGUCUGUAAACACUACCAGGAGCAUCAUUUCGCUUGUGUUUGAGCAGGGAUACCAAUAAUAUUGCUUCAUGUAAAAUUGGUCACAACCCAAAGGUGUAUGGCACAGGAUUGUAUGUACUUUGUGUAUCACUUAUGCAUCUUAAGUGACACUCAUCUAUGUAAUAAAGAGUACUUUCAGAUAGCCAAUAUCCUGA